AAUUGGAUCCUAUCACCUUCACUUACAGACAGCCAUCAAUAACACACAUUGGUUCACAUCAUCAUCCCCAACAUGCUCUCACCGUCGCGCGCUUAUAAAACCAACACGCAUCGCAGAUUGCGAUUAUUAUAAGGAUAACCAGUUUUUGAUAUGAAAUCAUGCAUUUCAUAUCGCCGUGGUGAGAGGAGAAUCAUGAAUGUGCCUGAUUGACGAAAUACACGGAUUUUUAUCAGCCCAUGUUUUCAGACACCAUGCACAACUAACCAACAGACACCAUUGAUGAACAAUAAGAGUGGGGUCAGGUGGCCAUGGACCCCUUCAGCCAGCUGAUCCUGCUCAUCUCGGUGGUGAGUUUUUGCACCUUCCAGUGGCUCUUUCACAGCGUGAGCCCAUGGGCAUCAUCCAGAAUCAGCCCUGGCUUCCUAAAACUCACCCACAAACAGAAGAUCGAAUGGAACUCGAGGACUGUGUCCACGCUCCACGCUCUGUUGGUAGGCCUUUUCUGCCUCUACAUCCUGUUCUUCGAUGAGGCUGUCAAUCAGGACCCCGUAUGGGGAGAUCCUACUCUGGUGAAGAUAAACGUGAGCAUUACUACAGGCUACCUCAUAUCUGAUCUGCUGCUUAUAUUUUACUAUUGGAGAGCAAUAGGAGACAAGUUUUUUGUAAUCCACCACCUGGCAGCAUUGUAUGCUUACUACUAUGUACUGGGUCAAGGAAUGUUGCCUUAUUUUGCUAACUUCCGUCUGCUUGCAGAGUUUUCCACACCAUGUGUAAACCAACGCUGGUUCUUUGAAGUAUUAGGUUACCCCAAAGUCUCCAAGCCCAACAUGGCUAACGGGGUACUGAUGGCGCUCGUGUUUUUCCUGGUGCGGAUCGCCGUCAUGCCAGUAUACUACAGUCGAAUGUGCUCAGUGUAUGGCACAGAGGCCUUCUACAAGGUCUCGUUCGGCGGCCGUAGCGCUUGGAUCUUCUCCAGCAUCUGCCUGGACAUCAUGAACAUCAUGUGGAUGCAUAAAAUCACUCGUGGCUGCUACAAAGUCCUGCGUUCCAGCAGGAGAUCCAAACUUGAGAGCCAGGAGAACGGAAAAACUAAUUGAGCGAAAAGAAAGGGCAUUUGAAUUUUACACCAUUUGCUUACAGACAGGGUCAUAUUGACGGUCACCAUGGGACACUAUGGUGCGAUAGUGACCGGUAAAGACUUUGAAAACCACCCCAGAGCAAUAUUUAACAGAGUUAAGAUCUGAAACUCUGAAACAAAAUAUCGAAUUGAGAUCUAGUACACCAGAAAAGACUGGUCGCCCACUUUUAUUUUGUGUUUGUUUUGAAACUACACCAAAAAAGAGCUAACGAUGCACUGUUCGAGUUCACCGGCUAACUGUAUUUUAACCAUGUUUUGUUUUUUAAUUUUAAACUGUGGGCAUGUAAACCACAUUAUUUUUUUUUUAAUCAAAGUUCAGUCCCUCGCUCUCAAUCAUUGUACUGUGCAGAGGGGCCAAGCGGUCAGUCACCUGAUGUUCACGUUUACUUCAAAGCCGCGUAUAUUGUCUGUGAAAGAUUCAUCCACACAACUGCACUGCACUAAACGAGGAAAAUCUGGAUCAGUGUACUCAAGAAAUUCUUGGAAAGUUGAUGUCACAUAUUUGUGAUGUAUUAGAUAUUUUAUCGAAUGCACCGAGAUCCAACUGUGGGUUAAAUAGGCGAAAUAUUUUAUAUAUACAAGAUAUGAGCAUUGAUGCAUUGUUAUCGCAUUAAAUGAAAACUGUUUACACUCGCUUCAGAUUCUGUUCAGAUUUCGUUCCGUUCCCAUAAAAUGGAUGUCACACUUUGUUCACACUGUACAGUUAACUGCAUGCGGCGAUGUUGUUCUCUGAAUGUUUGCAUUGUACAUAGAAACUUUAUUGAACAUACGGUAAUUAUUUUAAUUACGUUGGUGUACAGUGUUUCCAAUCAGUACUAAACAGAAAUUAUCGAUUAUAAUUUGGGAAUGCUUUUAAAAGGAAGAGUGUAGCUCAUGAAUGUUCGAAGACUUCUCAACGUUGGAUGGUUUUCCUGCAUCGUAUCUAAUUUAUUCAACCAGUUUUGGGUUUGGGAUAACAUGAUAAUGUUUGUAUGGCAUAUUUAUUUUUUUAACGGAGGAUAUAAAAUCAAUGGUCAAUGUAUCGGAGUAAAUAAACAGCAUAUAAUAGAAUUCACAUUCACGGUAAUACUUUUAUGAAUUCAUUUUAAAAUUCAUUGUCAACUAUGUAUGACGAAUUUAGUGUAGAUACUCUAACUGUACACGGACGCUCAAUGGCGGCACAGAUGUGAGCGGAUGAGUUUUGAUUUAAAAUGUAUGAAAGAAAGUUUAAUAUGGCUAAAAGCGAUUUGCGUGGAAACAACAAAAUAAAGUUGUUCUGUUUUUAAUGAACUAAGUACUUGAAUUUUUUAAUGUUAUUCUGAGAACCAGACCUAUGAAGGAUUGUCUUUUACCUGCACGAGAUCUAAAAGAAUCCAUGUUUUCUUUCUUUUAUAUUCAAUCACUCAAUGCCUUUUUUUUGUUUUGUUAAAUAAACAUCUUUUAUUUACUUGUCUUUUACCCGCACGAGAUAUAAAGGAAUCCACGUUUUCUUUUUCUUUUUUUUGUGUUCACUCACUCAAUGCCUUUUUUGUUUUGUUAAAUAAACAUCUUUUAUUUACUUGUCUUUUUGUGUCAUUUAGUGUAAUUUUGUACCACAUGGUUCAUUGUAUGGUCAUUUAAAGAAUGUA